AUGAAGGUCUUUCAAACUUUCUUUGCCUCACUGGCAAUCGUCCCUUCUGUGCUUGGAGCUCAAUCCUUCGCUGGAUCAAACCUCUACUACGCCGCUGGCUUGACAUCAGAGCAACAAGAUACACUUUUCAAUGGCCUAGAAAGCGCGGGCGUUAAAGUACUCCGUGUUUGGCUUGAUGGUCAGUCUAGCGAACAGAAAGGUACCAAGAUCAAUACCUUUUCUGGUCUGGAGUCCGACUCGCGGGGCACUUGGGAUGACACCGUCCUCAAUCGACUGGACGAUGUGAUGUACAAUGCCCAUCAACAUGGAAUCAAGUUGCUGGUCUCGAUGCACAGUUAUAAUGCACUAUCCUCCAAUGCCGACUUCUACGGAAAGUGGUAUGGAACUGGCGACUUCUAUACCAACAGCGAAGCAAUUCAGUACUUCAAAAACCGGAUUGCUCAUAUUAUGGCUCAUGUGAAUCCUCAUAAUGGGAAGACAUGGGCUGAGAGCUCUGAGUAUAUCUUUGCUUUCGAGGCUCAGAAUGAGGCAAUGCACGAUAAUGAAAAUCCCAAUGCUUUGGCAAGUUGGCAGUGCACAAUGGCCGAAGCAAUCAAAGACAAUCUGAACGGAAGUACUGGCAUUCUUGUAACGACCGGCGGAGGUGCCUAUCUAGCUACUUCGCUGCUGGAUGCCUACUUUUCUUGCAAGGCCUUAGAUGUUCUAGCCAUCCACGCCUACGGGACUGGUGACUUUGCUACCGAUGCAUUGACACCAUGCGUCUCCAAGGCACAGGAAAGUGGCCAGAAGCUUAUCAUGGAGGAAUGGGGUGCUUGCUAUUUCGAAACCGAGAACAACCGUUGCAGCGCCUCCGAUCCGCUUUCUUCGGGGACUCAGGAUAGCCAUAUCAACUGGUAUUGGUUCUACUGGCAGAUUCUUCCCAACGAGGAUCCUCAUUCAGACUGGGAUUAUGAGGUCGGUAUUGGCGGUGACAACUGGGACGUCCUCAAGGAUGCGGCUGCAAAUACUGCUAGCUAUGAGUCGGCCUUUGACUUUUCGGAAUGGUUGCUAUGA